AUGAAGAAGGAGUUACGAUUCAGUCAUUGGCUGUUUGCUGUCAUCUCCUUGUCAGGAGGCGGCCACGUAUACAAGGGGACGGAAGAUGGACUUGGUGGUGAGAAGUUCACCGUUCCAGUGAGAAGGAGACAGCGGCUGCCUAAGCCUAUUACGAAGGACAUCCAGAAGAAACGGAGAAUUGCUGCCAAUGCAAGAGAAAGGAAGAGGAUGGAGAGUCUCAACGUUGCGUUUGAUAAACUCAGAACAGUGGUGCCUUCCAUUGGAGAUGACAGGCAACUAUCAAAGUAUGAAACGCUACAAAUGGCGCAGACUUACAUCCAAGCCUUACAAGACCUCUUGGACAAAGACGACAAUUCAUAA